GUGAAGCGCAGCGCGAUGGACAGGAAUCCAGUGAGGCGGUCGGCAAACGGCGCCGUAGGAGGUGAAUCCAGUGAACAGGACGAGCAGAAGACGUCCAGUGCCGCCGAGUACAUGAGGAACUUCAAAAACAUCAUAGCGCCGGGAAAUGAGGCAUCCAUGACGAGGGAGUUCAAUCCGCAGGUGGCGUACGAAUUCGAAAAGUAUCUCAAUCCGCAGAAGCUCAAGCAGCACGUCCUCAAGAGCGAGAAGCUGCGCUCCAUACUGGAGCACUAUGCCAAGGAGUCGGGCACGCCGUUGAAGCAGAUGGAGCGACAGGCCAGGGCGAUCAUCGAUGAAAUCGGUCUGGACCGGAAUAUGGCCAUCAUCCGGUGGUGCGGCAUAGCCAUCACGGCGAUUGGCAAGCGCAUCUGCGACGGAUUCUAUGUCAACUCGGCUAGCAUGGCCAAUGUGCGCAAGGAUAUGGGCAAGUGUCCGGUGCUCUACCUGCCCAGUCAUCGCAGCUACAUGGACUUCAUCCUGAUGUCCUACAUCUGCUACUACUACGACAUCGAGAUACCAGGCAUAGCAGCCGGCAUGGAUUUCCACUCCAUGUUUGGCAUGGGCACCAUGCUGAGGAAAACAGGAGCCUUCUUUAUGCGCCGCAGCUUCUCCAACGAUGAGCUGUACUGGGACAUUUUCCGGGAGUACAUGUAUGCGCUGGUGGCCAACUACCACAUCGGCGUGGAGUUCUUCAUCGAGGGCACGCGCUCCAGGAACUUCAAAGCCCUAGUGCCCAAAAUUGGCCUGCUUUCGAUGGCUCUGUUGCCCUACUUCACCGGCGAGGUUCCGGAUGUGAUGAUUGUGCCAGUGAGUGUGGCCUAUGAGCGUGUCCUGGAGGAGCAACUGUUCGUCUAUGAGCUGCUGGGCGUGCCCAAGCCCAAGGAGUCCACAAAGGGCUUUUUCAAGGCCCUAAAAAUCAUCGACGAGCGAUUCGGCAAGAUGUUCCUCGACUUCGGAGAGCCCAUCUCUGUCAAGGAAUUCUUCGGACACGACAGUGCGCAGCGAAUGCAGCGGGCAGGCGUGGGCGGUCACCUGCAGAAGCUGAACCGCCAGGAGGUGGAACUAGUCAAGCAGCUGGCCAAUGAGAUCAUCUACCAGCAGCAGCGACGCAUUGUGAUCUCCACGUUCAACCUGCUCAGCCUCUACUACGCCAGUCAAUUGUAUGCCCAAAAGAGUGUUACCCUCGACGAGCUAUCACGCGGUGUCCUGCAUCUGAAGCGGAUCUUCGAGCAGCUGGGCGCCCAUGUCAGCACGACUCCCAGCAGCAUUAAAGCGGAUGUGAUCGAUGCUGUCGAGAUACACUCGAAUAUUUUAUACUUCGCGGCGGGGCGAUUGCAGUUUACGCCGAUGGCAGCCAAGCAAUUGGCGGAACAGAUCGAUGUUAAGCGCCUGAAAGCACAUGCCCUGUGUCCACAAACCAUGGCGGUGGCUGUGCCCAUGCUGGCACUGCAGCUCUACAUUAAUCCCUGCUUGUUCUGGCUGGCCAGACCCGCCUACCUGCUGCUGGCAGCGCUCAAGGAGCAGAGGAAACAGGAGAGGCAAUCGACGGACAUCUCAUACGAUGCCAGCCUAGGUGCCCUGCAUGCACAUGUGACCACCAUGGACGCACUUUUCCAGCACGAGUUCAUCAUUGAAUCGAAUCGCGAGGCAGCCGAGUUUGAGACGCAUCUGCAGCUGCUCCUGGACGAACGGGUUGUGGAGGUGGAGAGCAGUGGCCGUAUCAAGGUGCAGGACAAUGAAUGCUCCCAUGUCAUUCUGGCCGCCCUGGCGCCAUUCCUGUGCCUCUACUACCAACUGGUGGUCACGUUAAGAAAGAUCCCCUUGGAGCUGGAGUUCAGCAACAAGGAUCUGCUGGUGCGCGUGCAGCAGCAUGUGGAGCAGCUCCUGCAGCAACCCGGCGCUUCUGCCUCUCAUGUGCACCCGUAUUGCCUGGCCCUGGACAAUCUGAACAUUGCCAUCUAUGCUCUGAUCCAGCGAGGCUACCUGGCAAAGUGUAGGGAAUCGGGACAGAUGAAGAUCGCAUCAAAUCCAGGAAAGUGCCUGCGAGAACUGGAAAUCCAGCUUCUCGAGUACUGUCAACUAAUGCCAUUUGCUCAAUACUCGACGGCGGCCAAUCAGCAGGCCCAGUUCCACAUAGCCAAGUUAUAACUGGCAAACGGAAA